CAUCUGGUGAUUUUGCUGCCGAGGAUAGGACAGUGACCUAUUUGUUGCCCGAUUCCUGCUUUUCUCAGGCCCGAAGGCCGCUGCGUACCCCACUGUGACCUGGAACGCAGGGAUCCGAGUCCCGACACGGAUUAUCGUGGCGCUUCUGCCGGCUGGCCCUGGUGCUCAAGUGUUCCUCUGCCGCCGCUGUUCCCGUUUCCGGCGGGGGAGAUGGCCAGGAUUUGACCCGGGAGAAGGCCGCACCCGCGCCGCGCUUUGCGGCGGGCUCUAGGCGAUGCCGAGCAGCUCGGACACGGCGCUGGGGGGAGGCGGGGGCCUGAGCUGGGCGGAGAAGAAGUUGGAGGAACGCCGCAAGCGGAGACGAUUCCUGUCCCCUCAGCAGCCGCCGCUGCUGUUGCCGCUCCUGCAGCCGCAGCUCCUGCAACCGCCGCCGCCCCCGCCGCCUCUGCUCUUCCUGGCUACUCCCGGCACGGCCGCCGCCGCAGCCGCCGCCGCCGCGGCCUCCUCCUCUUGCUUCAGCCCGGGCCCUCCUCUGGAGGUCAAACGGCUGGCGAGAGGCAAGAGGCGCGCAGGAGGGCGGCAGAAGCGGCGUCGCGGGCCCCGCGCCGGGCAGGAGGCGGAGAAGCGUCGGGUCUUCUCGCUGCCCCAGCCGCAGCAGGACGGCGGUGGCGGUGCUAGUAGCGGCGGGGGUGUGACCCCGCUGGUGGAAUAUGAAGAUGUAAGCUCCCAGUCCGAGCAGGGGCUGCUGCUGGGGGGGGCCAGCGCGGCAACGGCGGCGACGGCUGCCGGGGGAACGGGAGGCAGCGGCGGGAGUCCGGCCUCCUCCUCUGGCACCCAGCGGCGCGGGGAGGGGUCGGAGCGUAGGCCCCGCCGAGACCGCCGCAGCAGCAGCGGCCGCAGCAAGGAACGCCAUCGCGAGCACCGACGGCGGGAUGGGCAGCGCGGAGGCAGCGAGGCCUCGAAGUCUCGUAGCCGCCACAGCCACAGUGGCGAGGAACGCCCCGAGGCCGCCAAGAGCGGCAGCAGUAGCAGUAGUGGCGGCCGGCGGAAAAGCGCCUCGGCCACGUCCAGCAGCAGUAGUAGCCGGAAGGAUCGAGAUUUGAAGGCCCACCGAAGCCGGACUAAGUCCUCCAAGGAGCCUCCUUCGGCCUACAAGGAGCCGCCCAAGGCCUACCGGGAGGACAAGACCGAACCCAAGGCCUACAGGCGGCGGCAGCGGUCCCUGAGCCCUCUGGGAGGCCGGGACGACAGCCCAGUGUCUCACAGGGCCUCGCAGAGCUUGAGGAGCCGCAAGUCCCCUAGUCCGGCAGGAGGUGGCAGCAGCCCCUAUUCUCGGCGGCUGCCGCGCUCUCCGAGCCCCUACAGCCGCCGCCGCUCCCCCAGCUACAGCCGCCACAGCUCCUAUGAGCGGGGUGGCGACGUGUCCCCCAGUCCCUACAGCAGUAGCAGCUGGCGACGCUCCCGGAGCCCCUACAGCCCUGUGAUCAGACGGUCUGCCAAAUCCCGAAGCAGAAGCCCAUAUUCAUCUAGGCAUUCAAGAUCUCGUAGCAGACACAGACUGUCUAGAUCCAGAAGUCGUCAUUCUAGCAUUUCUCCUAGCACACUAACUCUGAAGAGUAGCCUGGCAGCUGAAUUGAACAAGAAUAAAAAAGCACGAGCUGCAGAGGCUGCAAGAGCUGCAGAAGCAGCCAAAGCUGUAGAAGCAGCCAAAGCUGCUGAGGCUGCUGCUAAAGCUGCAAAAGCCUCAAAUACUUCUACACCUACCAAGGGGAACACAGAAACUGGUGCCAGUGCAUCGCAAACAAACCAUGUGAAGGAUGUGAAGAAACUUAAAACUGAGCAUGCAUCUUCUCCCUCAAGCGGUGGAACUUUAAAAAAUGACAAGGCAAAAGCAAAGCCACCUAUUCAGGUAACAAAGGUGGACAAUAAUUUGAUUGUAGAUAAAGCCACCAAGAAAGCAGCUGUGGUGGGGAAGGAGAGUAAAUCUGCUGCUACAAAGGAAGAACCAGUAACUCUUAAAGAGAAAAGCAAACCACUUACACCAAGCAUAGGAGCCAAGGAGAAGGAGCAACAUGUAACUAUAGUGACCUCUACAUUACCACCAUUACCUUUGCCUCCCAUGCUGCCUGAAGAUAAAGAUGCUGAGAGCCUACGAGGAAAUAUUUCAGUAAAAGCAGUUAAAAAAGAGGUAGAAAAGAAACUACGAUGUCUGCUAGCUGAUUUACCACUGCCCCCUGAGCUACCAGGAGGAGAUGAUUUAUCAAAAAGUCCAGAGGAGAAGAAAGCAACAACACAGUUACAUAGUAAAAGGAGGCCUAAAAUAUGUGGGCCUCGCUAUGGUGAAAUCAAAGAAAAAGACAUUGACUGGGGAAAACGCUGCGUCGAUAAAUUUGAUAUCAUCGGAAUUAUUGGAGAAGGUACCUAUGGACAAGUUUACAAGGCCAGGGAUAAAGACACUGGAGAAAUGGUAGCCUUAAAAAAAGUACGUCUAGAUAAUGAAAAGGAAGGCUUUCCUAUUACAGCAAUUCGAGAAAUUAAAAUUCUUCGGCAGCUUACCCACCAGAGUAUUAUCAAUAUGAAGGAAAUUGUGACAGAUAAAGAAGAUGCUUUGGAUUUUAAGAAGGACAAAGGUGCAUUUUAUCUGGUGUUUGAAUAUAUGGACCAUGAUCUGAUGGGACUACUGGAAUCUGGCUUAGUUCAUUUUAAUGAAAAUCAUAUAAAGUCAUUUAUGAGACAGCUCAUGGAAGGUCUGGAUUAUUGUCAUAAGAAGAACUUUUUGCAUAGAGAUAUUAAGUGUUCAAAUAUUCUUCUAAACAAUAGAGGGCAGAUAAAACUUGCAGAUUUUGGACUUGCUCGAUUAUAUAGCUCAGAAGAAAGUCGACCAUAUACUAACAAGGUCAUCACUUUAUGGUACCGUCCACCUGAACUGCUGUUGGGAGAAGAACGGUAUACACCAGCUAUUGAUGUAUGGAGCUGUGGAUGUAUUCUUGGUGAACUCUUCACUAAAAAACCUAUAUUUCAAGCAAAUCAGGAACUUGCACAACUAGAAUUAAUAAGCCGGAUAUGUGGGAGUCCAUGUCCUGCAGUGUGGCCUGAUGUAAUCAAACUACCGUAUUUCAACACCAUGAAACCAAAGAAGCAGUAUCGUCGAAAGUUAAGAGAAGAAUUUGUUUUUAUCCCUGCAGCUGCACUAGAUUUGUUUGAUUACAUGCUCGCCUUGGAUCCUAGUAAGCGCUGCACUGCCGAACAAGCUCUUCAGUGUGAUUUCCUGCGAGAUGUGGAACCCUCAAAAAUGCCUCCACCAGAUCUUCCUUUAUGGCAGGAUUGUCAUGAAUUAUGGAGUAAGAAGCGAAGAAGACAGAAGCAGAUGGGCAUGAGUGACGAUGUUUCUACAAUUAAAGCUCCUAGGAAGGACUUGUCUCUGGGGUUGGAUGACAGUAGAACCAGCACACCCCAGGGUGUGCCACCAUCUUCACAGCUGAAGUCUCAGGGCAACUCAAGUAUAGCACCUGUAAAAACAGGCCCUGGACAGCAGUUAAACCACAGUGAAUUGGCAAUUCUACUAAACCUACUACAAUCUAAAACAAGUGUUAAUAUGGCUGAUUUUGUCCAACUGUUGAACAGUAAGGUAAACUCUGAGACUCAACAGCAGCUAAAUAAAAUAAACCUUCCUGCUGGAAUUUUGGCAACAGGUGAAAAACAGACAGAUCCAUCAACACCACAACAGGAGUCUUCGAAACCAUUGGGAGGAAUUCAGCCGCCUUCUCAGACGGUCCAGCCUAAAGUGGAGACUGAUGCUGCCCAGGCGGCUGUGCAGAGUGCGUUUGCAGUUUUGUUGACACAGUUAAUAAAGGCUCAGCAGUCAAAGCAAAAAGACAUGCUACUGGAAGAGCGAGAAAAUGGAUCAGGACACGAAACAUCAUUACAACUCAGGCCACCUCCAGAACCCAGCACUCCAGUAUUGGGGCAAGAUGAUCUCAUUCAGCACCAAGAUGUGAGAAUAUUGGAGCUAACACCAGAACCAGACCGGCCUCGGAUUCUGCCUCCCGAUCAACGACCACCUGAACCCCCUGAACCACCACCAGUCACUGAUGAAGAUCUGGAUUAUCGGACAGAAAACCAGCAUGUACCCACUACUAGUUCUUCGUUAACUGACCCUCAUGCUGGAGUGAAAGCAGCCUUGUUACAGCUACUUACUCAGCAUCAGCCCCAGGAUGAGCCCAAAAGAGAAGGUGGUAUUGAUUAUCAAGCAGGAGACACUUACGUACCCACUGCAGACUACAAAGACAAUUUUGGAUCCUCUUCUUUCUCUUCUGCUCCUUAUGUGAGUAAUGAUGGUCUAGGAGGUAGUUCUGCUCCAUCAUUGGAACGACGUAGCUUCAUUGGAAACUCAGAUAUUCAGUCUUUGGAUAACUACAGUACUGCUUCAUCUCAUUCUGCUGGUCCACCUCAGCCUUCUGCCUUUUCCGAGUCAUUUCCCAGCUCAGUAGCUGGAUAUGGAGACAUUUACCUCAAUACUGGUCACAUGUUGUUCAGUGGAGAUAAGGACCAUAGAUUUGAAUAUAGCCAUGGCCCUAUUGCAGUCCUGGCAAACAGCAGUGACCCUUCCACAGGGCCAGAGAGUACUCAUCCUUUGCCAGCAAAGAUACACAACUAUAACUAUGGUGGUAACUUACAGGAAAACCCAGGUGGCCCCAGCCUCAUGCAUGGACAGACCUGGACUUCUCCUGCCCAAGGACCUGGAUAUUCACAAGGAUACAGGGGACACAUUAGCACAUCAACUGGCAGGGGUCGAGGCAGAGGGUUACCAUACUGAAUAUCUGUUUUUCCUCAGGCACAUCAUUUUUAUCUGGAAAGACUUUUCUAGCUGCAGUUUAAGGCAGCAAUCCAAGAGACUUGAAUAAUAUUAAUUCAACAACAGCUUUAUUUUUAUGUGGAAAGGGUCUUGCAUACAAUAGUAAAAAAAACAAAACAAACAAAAAAAAAACCUUUGCUUAAAUUCAUGCUGUUCUAAAAACUAGAUCUAUUGAUUGUACAUCUUCACAAAUUCUAGUUAACAAUUUUAUUUUGUAUUUUCGCAGUUUUAAGUGGAUGCUAAUUUUAGGGACAUAAGUCUUUUAUGACCCUCUUGCAGAUCUGAACUAUGCACAUUUGUGCUUUUUUUGUAAGUUUGGACCAACUUUUAUGUAACAAACAAACACCCCUCCCCCUAGUUUUACAACAAUCAGAAAGGGCACUGAUUUAUUUGGUAUUUUUCUUUUUACAAAGCUACCUUUAGUCAAAGGUCACUGUCUUUGCACCUGCUUUCAGUGUUAUUGUGAAAGGUGUACUUUGUGCUCAUUUCAGAAAAUAAAACACAACCUUUCUCUUGAUGCAACAGUUUUAUAAAAAGAAAUGGUCAACAUUAUUUUUGUUUUGUUUUGCAGAUUAUCACAGCCUAGCAGUUGCAUUCAAAUGAAAUAGUGGGUUUUAUAUGAAUAACAUGGGUAGGGUGGGGAGGGGAAGUAAGUGCCUUAACAGGUAAACGUAAGGUCUGAAAAAGCAGUUAACUGCUACACUCAUUUGUCUUUUAAAUGGAAUAAAUCAAUGCAUUAUAGCAGAGAGACAGAAAGCCCUCAGGUUUUCCAGGGCUACCUGUUGAGUUCCUGGUAGGUUCAUUCCCUCUGCCUGUCACACCUUCUCCUUUUUUCCCUGUGUUUGUGCUAUGUUACUUUUCACUAACACCUUCUCUUGAAAGAGGAGUGAAAGCAAAGAAAGGAAGUAGAACUCCAACCAAUAUCUUUUGUUACCUGUGAGAAGUUCUGAGGAGUUUGUCAUUUAAAUUGUUGAAAAUAAUAGCAGGUGGAGGAGAAUUUCAGAGUACCCUUUUCAUUCAGGCUGCUAUUAUUGUCCCUGCUUGCAUUUGCCAUGAAUAAUUGGAGGUCAGUAGUAUAGAAGCAAGGGUUAGUAAGAGUUUGCAUAAUUCUAUUAAAGUUCAAGGGGGGAGGGGUGGCAAAAGCCAUAUUUUAAAAUACAUUAUUGCCAUGUUAAGGAAAAGUCAACUCACUAGAAACAUCACCUAGAUUGAAUUUAUUGAAGCAAAAGAAAAAAUACUGAGAGAACCUCUUAUUUCCCUUCCUCUCAUCUUAUGUAAGAUUUCUUAUGACUUAUGCCAGACUUUUAGAGCAAUUUUGGUUCAUUUUAAAAUGUUUCUUUUUUAUUACAAGCAGCAAAGAAUGGUGGGUUAGCCCUUAUUUAUACUGCAAUAGUGUCAAGUCUUAACUAUCUUCGCACAUUCAUACACACAAAAUUAGAACAAGUACAGGAAGGAACCAAAGGUAAAUAACCAGUGUUUCCAUUAUCACUAAUGUAAAAAUAGACUAUGGAAAUUAGAUUUGUGCCAAUUAACCAUUUUGUUUUAACUAUUCUCCUGGUAAAUUACUUUUUUGAUUGAGUCUUAAAUUGGAACAGCUAUUAUAUUAUUACUAAAUUACUCCAGUUCUGAAGACACUCUCUUAAUCCUGUGCCCUCUAUCUGACUUAUAAACCUUCAUUUCAGAACAGUCUCUGAGGAGCAUUAUAGUUUGUUGACAGAGUAUUUUAAAGUGGAUCAUUUACCAUUUUGGUAUGAUAAAUCAGUUGAUACCAGUUGACAAUUUUAUUUUUUGAUGGACUUUUUUUUGUUGUUGGGGAGGAAGAAAUGAAUGGAAGAAAAUAUUUUGCUUUUGUUUGAAUUGAGUAGUAACAACUUACAAUUAAUUACUAUUUUUCAGGAAGUGAAGAAAAAUUUUUUUGAAAUUUAGCAAAAAUAGCUACAGUAUUCAAGUAUCUGAAAUUUUAAUAUGGUGAGUCUUAGAGCUGUAGACUUUCCAUUAAGUGACAGUAUCUAAAUUACUCUUAAUAGUCACACUAGAUAAUUCUGCUGACCAUAAGCAGCUAAAAGUGAAGAUAUUUAUGUGACAUGAAUAGCCUGUGUUUUAAAAAUUAAAUAUUUUGUAUAAAAUUGAA